AUGUCUGAAAAUGCUAAUCACAACCCAACGUCGGGCACGGCAAGUGCAUCGACAACGAAGCCUCCGACUCCGCCCAAACCGCAGAACCCGGUCUUUAAGAUGAUGGGACUCCCAAAUUUUCGUCUCAGAUUACCCUCGCGAAACUGGAUGAUCUUCCUCUCAAUCACCGGAGGCUUCACAGCUGCUAUAACCUACGACCGCCGACAGAAGAAGCGCGCACAGCAGAAAUGGGCUGACCUCGUCGCUCACAUAUCAAAAGAGACAUUACCGAUAGAGCAGAACAGACGGAAACUUACAGUGUUCUUGUCGGCACCUCCGGGGGACGGUCUUAGAUCUGCUCGUGAAUACUUUAUUGAAUAUGUGAAGCCUGUUCUUGUUUCUGCGGCUCUAGAUUACGAGGUUAUUGAGGGAAGAAAAGAAGGCGAUGUUCGAGCGGGUUUGGCCGAGAAAAUUCGUGAACGCAGACGUCAAGCUGGAGAACCGAGUACCGUGGUUCAAGAGCCGAGCAAAGAAUUGAUCAUUGCCGAAACUAGACGGCGGAUGGGUGUUACAGAUGAACCUGGGCCAUUGGGAGAUAUCGUGAUUGGACGGCAUACAUGGAAGGAAUACAUUCGAGGUCUUCAUGAAGGCUGGCUGGGACCCCUUGAUCCUCCUCUGCCUCCUCCGGUACUUAUCGAAUCACCCAGCCCAAUCAGCGCAUCCGAGGUGCCUGCUGAUAUCUCUGCCGCUGAAAUAUCCGGAGAACCCGACAGCUCUCCAAUAUCUACGCCUGAAGAAAAACCCACCGAACCUGAAAAGGAAAAAGAGAAGGAGAAGCCGAAGGGCCCGACCCCUGCAUACAUCUCUACUGUAGACUACUCAUCGCGGAACCUUCCUGCGACCAUCCCUGCAACAUUCGAGGCCUCUUUACCAGUUCCGUUUCCCCAUCUUCUCGGUUUCUUGAACACCCCGAUCAGAAUCUACCGCUACUUGACGAAGCGUUAUCUCGCGGACGCCGUUGGUCAACAAGUCGCGGCAGCUGUGUUAGCCUCUGCAAGCAGGCCAUACUAUGAAGGCCUCACCAACUCCUCUGAUUCCGACGUAGGCCCUUCAACUGAAUCAUUCACAACUGAAACUCAAUCACAGCAAAUCUAUGAGCAGCAGACCCUCCUCGAACAUGAAGAGAAGGAAUGGCACAAAUCAGUGCGCAAAGCUGCCGAAGCCCGAAAACAGCAAGCUGAAGAAGACAAUGCAGCUAGUGUGAGCGAUGACAUCCAAGCUACAGAGAAGCCCGGUAUUUUGAAGGAAGAGCGUGAAUGGAUUGACGACGUCGUCAUUGAUCCCCGCAUCGCUGCCCGAAUGAGUCGAUACAUCCUCGCACCGGAGGAAGAGGCACGCGCCAAACGCAUCGAUGAAGGGUUAGAAUGGGUUCUAGGCGAGGGCGAAAGACCCAAGAAAUUGCCCUUUUGGCAACGUGCCUGGAUCAAUUAUGGUUAUGGCGAAGAUCCAGAGGUUGCUAAACGGAAGCCCAUUCUUGGAAAUAUUGAUAACGAGGGAGAGUAG